AUGGGACAGAGUCAGUCCUCUGGCGGUGCCGGUGGAGGGAGCAGAGGCGGUGGAGGAGAGGUGAAGACGAGCUACUACGUGCUACUUGGCAUCGAACGAAAUGCUACCGAGGAAGAAAUCAAAAAGGCGUACCGACGAAAAGCACUCGAGCUCCAUCCAGACCGCAAUUAUGGCAACGAGGAGGCAGCUACGAAGACGUUUGCUGAGAUCCAGGCUGCGCAUGAAGUGCUGUCCGACCCACAGGAACGCGCCUGGUAUGACAGCCACGAAAGCGCCAUCCUGCGAGGUGACGAUGCCACCACCGACGCCCCAACUUACGAAGAUGUACGUGUGACUACUGCGGAUGACAUCGCUCGACUGGUGAGCAAGUUCAAUCGGAAUGUAGAGUUCUCUGAUGCGCCUUCUGGAUUCUAUGGCUUUGUGCGGGAGACAUUCGAACAGCUUGCCAAGGAGGAAGAUAUUGCUUCGAGCUGGGAGGAUGUUGAGGUUCGCGAGUAUCCCACUUUCGGUCACAAGGACGACGAGUACGGCGAUGUUGUCAAACAGUUCUAUGCUGCUUGGUCCGGAUUCAGUACGGUCAAGUCUUUUUCGUGGCGUGACAAGUACAGGCUCUCAGAUGCGCCAGAUAGAUGGAUCAGAAGACGCAUGGAGCAGGAGAACUUGAAGUUGAGGAAGGAUGGCAAGCAAGAAUUUAAUGAAGCAGUAAGGUCUCUUGUGCAGUUCAUCAAGAAGCGAGAUCCUCGCUUCGUGCCAAACACGCAGUCAGAGGCAGAAAGGCAGAAGGCGUUGCGUGACGCUGCCGCUGCGCAAGCUGCUCGUGCCAGAGCCGCCAACGCUGCAAAGCUAGCUGAGCAAGCAGUGCCGGAGUGGACGAAAGCCCGAGAUCCAGAAGAGCUGGAAGAGAGCUCGGAGGAAGAAGUCGAGGAGCUCCAUUUCGAAUGUGUGGCAUGUAAUAAAGUGUUCAAAAGCGAACGUCAGUGGGAAGCACAUGAGAAGUCGAAGAAGCAUCAAAAGGCCGUCAAAGAGUUGCAGAAGCGUAUGCGGAAGCAGAAUGCUCAUCUCAACCUGGACGAAAGUGGUACUGACAGUGGAGCUGUUACACCGGAUCUUGAAGACGAGGAACAGGAAGUCCUAGAUGACCUGGCCGCUGAAGUGGAAGACCACGAAGAUUACGCCGAUGGAGCCUCGGAGAAGGCUGAGGAUGACAUUGACGAUGCAGCGUUUGCCACUGAUGCAGAAAAACACGAAGUAGAUGUCCCAAAGGACGACGCCGACCAGGGCCCUCGAGAAGACCACGAACCUUCCACCACUGUCCCGGAAAUGGAAGCCAACGAAGUCGAAGAAGCCUCAAAUUCUGAAAACGAAGAUUAUGCAUCUAUGUCCACCAUACAAGCGCGAAUGCGAUCUGCGGCUCUCGACACCCCAGCCUCUACCGUUGCUUCCACCGCGGCAUCUGAAGACAAUUCUGGACCUGCCAAGCCGAAGAUGGGCAAAGCCGCACUCAAGCGAGCGAAGAAGGCUGCCGCCGCUGACGCACAGGCUGCUGCGGGUCAUAAGUGUCAAGUCUGUAAUGAGGAGUUCCCUUCCAGGACUAAGCUCUUCCAGCAUGUCGAAGAGGAAGGCCAUGCUGCGCUGAAAGAUGCUAAGCCUGGGAAUGCGAAGGGCAAAAAAGGCAAGGGAAAGGGAUAA